UUUCAUUUCAACGAUUUUCUUGAAUCACUCGAAAAAUUUGAACAUUCAUUAAAAUGUUUGUUUUUCGUGGUAUACUGUUCACAAUUUCUGUGGCAAUUUUCAUUUCGCCAACAGCCUUUGCUGGUCAACGUUGCAAAAACAAAGGUCAAGCCAGUGUGCCAACAAAACCGGAUCAAUUGGUCGAAAUCAACCAAAAAGAUUUAAAACGUCUCCAGAAUCUUUACAAACCGGAUGGUUAUAAACGAUAUAUUACCUACACGACAAUCGAAAACUACAUUCGAUGGCUUAAGCAAGAUCCGAAUCUGAAAGAUGUCAAGUUUUUCUGUUUAAAUGGUGAUUUCACCGAUGGAACUUUUGUUGUGACGGACCGCAAUGAUAUAUAUGCGGAUACACUUUAUGAAUCUAAUCAUAGACUCCAUCGUUUACUCUCGCUAAUUAAUUAUUCUAAUGGAUGUAUUUUUACGGGCAUUCGAACUGAUCUGAAACCGGUGAUAAUCGAUGCUCUAAAAGAGGUAAAUGUCAAUAUAGCUUUGGAUCGCACAUCAUUGCUUUACUAUUUGCCAAAAGAAGAAGCAUUGAAAUUCGAUGUUGAGAGAUUACCUGAAGGAAUUGAACUGCGACAAAUACGUGACAUUCAUGACAUAGAAAAAGCAAACUCGGUGUGGCCCAAUCGUAAUCCGAAUUCUCUGAGGUGUCUUCAACGAAUGGCCAAAUAUAAUCCACAAGUUGGAGCAUACAAAGAAGAUGGAACUCUGGCGGCUUGGUUAUUUAGCUAUUCCACGGGCUUCCUCGGUCCAUUACAAGUCGAUGAAAAUUACUACGGUAAAGGAUAUGCCGGACUGGUAACGAAAUAUGUGGCCAAGAAAAUUGCCGAAAAUGGACAUGAUGCAUAUGCUAGUAUUGUUGAAAAAAAUGCACCAUCUCGAUCACUUUUUACCAAACUUGGCUUUAAAUCCAUUGGCGAAGUACAAAGAAUUCAAACGGAAAGCAAGUUGUCAAUUACAAUGAGACCGCCCAACAAGAUGUCAAUUACAGCUCACGGAAGUUUGAAGAAUGAAAAUUUCUUUCCGUUACCGAGAGUUUUUUGGCACGCCAGCUUGAUUUGAGCCGAUUCACAUAAAUUUAACAUGAUUUGAAUUGUAUCUACGCCCUUGUUUUACAUUAAAUACCAACCCCAAAAUAAUCUAUAUCUUA